UAUAAGGUAACAUUGUUUUUUAUAACAAUUUGUUUUUCUGUGGAUGUUUCAUCACAUAUAAUGAUAACGAUAUAAUUAAGUUGCACUUGAUAAUAAAGGUCAAACACUUUUGAUAACGUGUUACUUUCCAAGAAAUAUGAUGAGUUGGUUUACAGAACUUAUACUUUUUUAUUAUUUUUUUUUAGUCGAUUUUCUUUAGCUUUUUUUUGUUAUAUUGCGCAUCACAAUGUUAAACGUACUGUGUCUCGUCUAUCAAUAAAGGAUUCUUGUGUGUUCAUUAUUCAUUUCUAUUAAAACACCUGAAAACAUUGGAAGAGUAAGCAUACUUUAAAUAGAAACAAUUAGAUAACAAUAGUAGUAUCAUUAUUUAUUCUUUGACUGAAAGUUUGCACAAUUUUCUUAUGUAAUAUAAUUUAUUUCUGAAAUCGAACAUUAUGUUAACAAUAUGAAAUGAACGUUAAAAAAAUGGAAAUAUAUCACAUAGAAACGGAAACUUACAUUUUUUCUUCGUAAAACUGGUUUAAAUAAAGGACAAUAGCAGUAUAAAAUUAAUGUGUCAAAAGAUUUAUAAAGGCAAUAAAAUGAUUUCAUCAAAGCUGUCGAUUAUUUUGAUAUUUUUGGGAUUAACGAGUAUGGUUUAUACGGAAGGAAUUGCACCCAAAGUUAAAACACCUUUAGGAGGCAUUCAAGGGUAUUAUAAAAUAUCUGCAGAUGGUAGAUCCUAUGAAGCUUAUGAAGGAAUUCCUUAUGCUAUACCUCCUGUUGGAAAGUUAAGAUUUAAGCCUCCACAAAAGAUCCCAGCAUGGCCUGGUGAACUUUUAGCAACUACAUUUGGCUCUCCGUGUUUACAAUAUAUUCAGAUAAUUACUGAAUUUGAAGAUAGAAUUCAAGGCUCAGAAGAUUGUCUUUAUUUAAAUGUUUAUGUCCCUACACGUGAUCAUAAAAAUUCUCAAUUACCACUAUUACCAGUCAUUUUCUGGAUUCAUGGUGGGGCCUUUCAAUUUGGUAGUGGAAUGCAUAUGGGUCCUAAAUUUGUAAUGGAUCGAGAUGUUAUAUUUGUCACAAUAAAUUAUCGUUUAGGCCUGUUAGGUUUUCUAAGCACAGAAGAUGAUGUUUUACCAGGUAAUAUGGGACUCAAGGAUCAAAAUAUAGCAUUGAAAUGGGUUUUUGAAAACAUUGAAUGGUUUGGAGGUGAUCCUAAUAAAAUAACACUAACUGGUCUAAGUGCUGGUGGUGCUAGUGUACAUUAUCAUUAUUUAUCCCGUUUAAGCUCUGGCCUUUUUCAAGGAGGUAUAUCUAUUAGUGGUACGGCAUUUGAUUGUUGGACACAAACUGAAAAUUCCUUAGAAAAAGCCAAGAAAUUAGGUGCUAUAGUGGGUUGUCCUACCAAUAAUACUCGAGAUAUGGUACAUUGUUUAAGAUAUCGACCAGGUAAAACUCUGGUCCAUGCAACCAGAGAAUUCCACCCAUGGCUUUACAAUCCUUUUACACCAUUUGGACCUGUUAUUGAGAAACAUGGAGAUGCUCCUUUUAUUGAUCAAUCACCAAUAGAUAUUAUUCAAAGUGGUAAUGUUCAAGAUAUUCCAUGGAUUACAAGUACUACCAGUGAAGAAGGACUUUAUCCCGUAGCUGAAUUUAUUGCUGAUGAUAGACAUCUUAAGGAACUUGAUGAGAAUUGGAAUAGUAUUGCACCUUAUUUCCUUGAUUUUAAUUAUACCAUACCAAAAGAGAAACAUGUCGAGACAGCUACACUUAUUAGAAACCAUUACUUUGGUUCUAAACAUAUUAAUAAAACGACUAUUAAAUCUUUAAUACAAAUGGCUGGAGAUCGAUUGUUCGUAUUCGAUAGCAUAAAAGCUGCAAGGAUCCAGGCAAAAGUAAAUAAACAACCUGUUUGGUACUAUUAUUUCACAUACAGAGGUGCACAUAGUUUAAGCGAAGCUAUGAGUGGAAGCAAAGAAAACUUUGGAGUUAGUCAUGCUGAUGAUGCAUUCCUUGUUUUGGACACUCCUUACUUUAAUCCAGUGACGACAAGAGAUGAUAUCGAUAUGCAACAAGAAUUAAUUAAUCUUUGGGUUUCUUUUGCCAUAAAUAGUAUUCCUCAAAUUGGUAUCACUGAAUGGACUGCAGUGGAUCCAUCACAAAAAGAAUUUCGUUUUCUUCACAUUGCAGGACCAGGAAAAUAUUAUAUGAGUAAUGAUGCUAAUUUAAAAAAUCAGGACUUCUGGAAUAAUAUCAAUUUUAAUGAAAAUAUGUCAAAACGUAAAAAACACUUAAAAGAAGAUCUUUAAAUCAUUUUCUAAGUUUUUUUAAGAACUAAAAAAAUAAAUAAUUAAUACUGUAUGCUAAAUUUAAUUAUCUCUGAUGUGAAGCAUACUAUUAUAUUUUUAAAAAAAGGAGUAAGAAUGAAGAUAAAUAUAUAUUUCUAUAUCUAUCUUAUGGAAUUCUUAUAAAAAUGAUAUGUAUCAUAUGAAAGAUAUUGCUUUUAUAGAGACUGUGUAAAUAUAUUAAAUAAAAAUAAUUAAAAUUAAA